AUGUGUGAUUGCGAGAAUUCACGACCUUCCAAGAUGCAACGGAUCGAAGGCGAAGCCUCGCAAGAGGUGAAGAACAGUCACGAGGCUGUGGACAACUCGAGCGCUGUAUCAAGAACGCGGGUGGCAAAUCAGGCGCAGGACAAUGUGCAGCCCUUUGGUGCUUCUCGCUACAGCGACUUUUUGAGCAACGUAUCCAACUUUAAGAUUAUUGAGUCGACGCUCCGUGAAGGUGAGCAGUUUGCCAACGCUUUCUUCGACACGGAGACCAAGAUCCGCAUCGCUAAAGCUCUGGACAACUUUGGUGUGGACUGCAUUGAAUUGACGUCGCCCGCCGCGUCGGAGCAGAGCCGCAAAGACUGUGAGGCCAUUUGCAAGCUUGGCCUGCGCUGCAAGGUCAUUACGCAUAUUCGUUGCCACAUGGACGAUGCUCGUAUCGCCGUGGAAACCGGUGUGGAUGGUGUGGACGUUGUCAUGGGUACUUCCAAGUUCCUGCGUGAAUAUUCACACGGAAAGGAUAUGACAUACAUCACGAAGGCGGCUGUCGAGGUCAUUAGCUUCGUGAAGAGCAAGGGUAUUGAGAUCCGUUUCUCGACGGAAGACUCGUUCCGUUCGGACCUGGUGGAUCUGCUGAGCAUCUACCAGGUCGUCGACAAGGUCGGUGUGAACCGUGUGGGCAUUGCCGACACGGUCGGUGUGGCGAACCCGCGCCAGGUGUACGACUUGGUGCGCACGCUCCGUGGUGUAGUGGGCUGUGAUAUUGAGUGCCACUUCCACAACGACACGGGUUGUGCCAUCGCUAACGCAUACACGGCUCUCGAAGCUGGUGCUACGCAUAUCGACACUUCCGUGCUGGGUAUCGGUGAGCGAAAUGGUAUCCCAAGUCUGGGUGGCUUUAUCGCUCGUAUGUACGCAGCCAACCGUGAGUAUGUCAUGAGCAAGUACAACCUCAAGGCGCUCCGUGACGUCGAAGAUCUUGUGGCUGAUGCUGUGCAGGUGCAGAUUCCCUUCAACAACCCUGUCACCGGAUACUGCGCGUUCACGCACAAGGCUGGUAUCCACGCCAAGGCUAUUCUGGCCGAGCCGAAAACGUACGAGAUUAUCACGCCUGAGGACUUUGGUAUGAAUCGCUACGUGCAUAUUGGCUCUCGCCUCACGGGCUGGAACGCUGUGAAGAGCCGCUCGAAGCAGCUGGGUCUGGAGCUCACGGACGAUCAAGUCAAGGCUGCGACGAACCGUAUCAAGGUCAUGGCGGAUAUCAAGGACCAGACGAUGGAAGAUGUCGACGCCGUGCUGCAUGUGUUCCACCGCGCGAUCAAGAAUGGCCAGGAUGUAGGCCAUGACUCGACGUUCAACCGUCUCUUCCAGCAGCACAUUGAGGCCCGCGGCACGGACGCGAUUGCUGAGGAAGAAGCCGAGGCGCAGGCAGCGAAGUAG